AUGUCGCACAACAGCACCGUGUCUUACCCUGAUGACCCGCAGAUACCACAGCUAGCGCUCUUUCCACUCGAAGAGGCUAUCGAAACGCCCGUGCUGCAUAAUCUCAGCACUUUGGUGGCUUUCGACGCACAGAAUGACAGUUUUAAUUCGACACUGGAAUAUGACUUCUACGAGAACUGUCCAGCCAAUGGCGACUUCAUCGGCCACAUACUCAACUUUGUACUCUAUGUGCUCGUUUGCGUUGUCGGCCUCUUCGGCAACACGCUCGUUAUCUAUGUCGUGCUACGCUACUCGAAAAUGCAAACCAUCACAAAUGUCUACAUACUCAACUUGGCUGUAGCUGAUGAGUGCUUCCUCAUUGGCAUACCCUUUCUGCUGCACACCAUUGUCAGCGGCAGCUGGCAGUUCGGCAACUUCAUGUGUAAGGCGUACAUGGUCAGCACAUCGAUUACACAAUUCACCUCGUCCAUCUUCUUGUUGAUCAUGUCCGCAGAUCGCUAUAUAGCCGUUUGUCAUCCGAUCUCUUCGACGCAAUAUCGCACACCAGUCAUUUCGAAAAUUGUAUCCGGCGCCGCUUGGCUCACCUCGGCCAUACUCAUGUUGCCGGUCAUCAUAUUCGCCGAUACGGUCGAGCAACCGAAUGGUCACAUCUCCUGUCACAUUAAGUGGCCUGAGAUGGGCCAUCAUGAAACGGGCUUCACCUUCAUUAUGUAUGUCUUCACGCUGGGUUUUGCGACACCGCUCAUUUUCAUACUCUGCUUCUACUAUCUGGUCAUACGCAAGCUGCGCACCGUCGGCCCACAAAAUAAGUCCAAAGAGAAGAAACGUUCGCACCGCAAAGUUACCCGACUUGUGCUCACCGUCAUCACCGUUUACAUACUUUGUUGGCUGCCCUUCUGGAUAUCGCAACUGGUGCUUAUCACCACAACACCCAGCCCCUGCGCCACACGCUUUGAAAUUGCCAUUUUCCUGCUUGUCGGCUGUCUCGGCUAUUCUAAUUCUGCCAUGAAUCCCUUUCUCUAUGCUUUUCUAAGUGAAAAUUUCAAGAAGAGCUUCCGCAAAGCAUUCGCCUCCAUAACGGCUAUGCGUGCGAAAGAAACUGUCACAGGCAGCGGCGCCACUGGCACAGCCGCCACAGCUGAGCUGCAUAGCAAGGACACGAAUAUGCUCAGUAAGUUGGGCAAGAAGGGCCGCAAGUUGGCUGCCAUACGUCAAAAACAGCAAAAGCAAAAGGAGGCGCUACUGGGUGCCGACAGUAAUACAACAACUUUGGUUACAAAUACAACUUAUGGCACGGGGACAACAGCGACGACAAUGACCAUGAAUGAACCGUCGGAGGUGCCGCCAACGGAAAUUAAAAAUGCCAAUCCAGCGUGCACGAAGAGCUUUGACAAUGGUCAGCUGAUUAACGGUAAUAAGCAAGACAAAACAGCUGAUUGA